AUGUCAUCUGCCGUUUUGACCACGACCCAGUUGCCUCGCUUGCGACAACUACUGGUGGACUGGGAGAAGAAGCAGCCGCCUCUCAAACCCUUCUCCACGUCCCUGGAGGACAUCAAGGCGCGUUCCGAACGCACUGCCGUGUUCGGCGACGCGCUCGACGACGGAAGCAAGGACGUGAUCGUCGCAUUCAGGACGCGACCCCCUCUCGAGAACGAGGCGGCGACCCAGUUCGUUACCGCGAACGAGGAUGCAGGGAGCGACCCUCGCGACGUGGAGUUCUGCCCAGGCAUCACGGUCGCCAGCGAGGAGCCCGGUGUGUUUGUGGCGCAUACGCCCAGCAUGAAGUGGAAUGGACCUGCGCUGGCACAUAAACCCUUUGACGCCGACCUUGCCUUUGGGCCCCACACGUCCAACGAAGAAUUGUACCAGCGUACAGUCGUAGCUAACGAUCCUAAUUUGGUAUACGCUCAGCUGGUUCCGCUGGCAUUGGGAGGCGGCAUCGGAUGUGUUCUCUCAUAUGGCCAGACGGGCAGUGGUAAAACGUACACCAUGGAAGGCCUUGAGCACCGCAUCGCCCGCGAUCUCUUUGAUGUGGCUGACGUCGUUGCAAGGCGCUUCGUUGCCGCAGAGGCGAAGAAACAGUCUACAUCCGAUGAGCAACCAUUCGCUGGCCAGGAAGAGGUACAUGCAGCGGACGUCUUCACUUUCGAGGUUACCUUCCUGGAGCUGCUCGGUACAUCCGCUGUGGACCUCGUCGACGGUACGACGGGCGUGGAUGCGCAAGGCAGCGCCAUCCGCAAAGAGAUUGCUAUCCGUGAAGAUAAGGCUGGCAAUGUUGUCCCGCACCUUAUCUCGACGCCGGUGCACUCGUCGACCGAGCUGGAGGACUUGAUCACGAGCUCGCUCUCGCAUCGCCGUACUUCCGCCACUCUACGCAACGCCCGUAGCAGCCGCAGUCAUGCCCUGCUCACCAUCAGGGUUAAGAAUAAGCUCUUGCCAUGGGCUGAGGAGGGCCAGCUGAUUCUUGUUGAUUUGGCUGGUAGUGAGCGCUAUGAAGACUCGAAGGCGCACGACAAACAGCGCAUGGAUGAGUCACGGGAGAAUAACAAAAGUCUGAUGAAUCUCAAGGAGUGCGUCCGCGCCAAGGCCAGAAUGGCAGCAGAAGAUGGAUUCGUUCAUAUUCCAUGGAGGAUGAACAAACUCACGAUGCUGCUGAAGCCAAUAUUUGACAUCGAAAGCCGUCAGCUGUCGAAGGCAAUCGUCAUCGCGCACGUUUCACCUCAUAUCCAAGACUCUGUGCACUCGACCUCGACUCUCGGCUACGCGGCCCCAUUCAAGACAUCUCCACCAAAGCGUCGCGGUCCUGCGCCUUACGACUCCGUUGAUCCCAGGACAUGGAAUCAUGAGCAGACGAUCGCGUGGUUUAAACGCGAGUUCGCGGAGAAGAUGGUAGAGCAGAAGGGCACGGGCGCUCGAGGCCAAGAAAUCGUGGACAUAGACGUACUUUGCCCUGGAGACAUGACCGCACGCCAUUUCGGGAAGAUGACGACGCCCGAGUUCGUUGCACGGUGCUUGCAGGCCGUGAAGCCGACGGUGCGGACAGUCGACUCGGGGCAGGCGACGGAUGGAGACGCCGUCUGGACCGCUGACGCGCUUAAGGAACUUGCGGCGACCGUUGUGGGCAGUUUGUUCUACCUCCUCCUGUCGGCCAAGACAAAGAAGCGCAACCAGGUUAUGCGCACCCGUAAAGGCGUUGGCGAUGUUACCGAAGCGUAUGGAGCUGCCCCAAGCGAUGGUUACAGGCCGGAUCCAUGGACAGAUGAAGAAGAGUUUGAAACCAAGAUCUAUUUCGACAAGGAAUGGAACACUGUGAGCGACGCUGCCAUGAAGCCUCAUCGGGACAAUGGUGACUGGGAGAAGGCUCGAGAAGCGCUGCGAACUGCUCGUCUCGGCCUGAUACAACAGUGGCGCGAGGCUAGAAAGGAAGGCAGGGCUUGA